CCACGGGACAGCUUCAGUGCUGCUCUCACCAAAACAUCAUGGCCAUGCUGGUAUGGCUGGCGCUCAGUAUCCUCAACUGCAGUAUGGUGUCCACUUUCCGCAAGCACAGCUUCUUCUAUGAAGAUCCACGCUAUAUUAUGUUUAUCUGCAUGGUCAUUAAUGAUGCCAUACAACUGACUCUGGUCACCGCCUUAUAUGUGGUGAGUUAUGCCUUCUCCAAGAUCUUAGCAUCUGCCUGCUGUCCGCUGAUCAUGACGGCAGUGACGACCACCCGCUCAACCCCGCUCAUCCUGGCCGGCAUGGCCCUGGAGCGCUUCAUCUCCAUCUGCUUCCCUCUCCAUUACAGCCACAUCUGCACGGCCACACGCACCAUGUGGAUCAUCGCAUUGAUCUACCUACUGAGCUUCACUCCUCCACUGACCGACCUGUUGAUCACCAUCGCCAAAGAACCUCCAAUGUUCUUCCGCACCUCCAUCUUCUGCGAUCACUCCCUCCUGUUUACAGACCUCUCUAUUUAUUACAAGAACUGUGUAUUUGAUAGCGUGUAUUUCUCUUUUGUAUUCUUGACUUUGCUUUAUACGUACUGUAAGAUCAUGCUGACGGCACGAGCGGCCUCCACUGACCUGACGUCAGCCAAGAAGGCCCGAAACACGGUGCUUCUGCAUGGGGUUCAGCUGCUGCUUUGCUUGCUGGCAUUUGUGGUGCCUUCCAUGCAGGCUCCGCUCAUACAACUGUUUCCAAUGUACGGACUGGAGAUCCGCUAUGUGAAUUUUCUGCUGGUCUACAUCAUACCCAGAUUUCUCAGUCCUAUGAUUUAUGGAUUCAGGGACGAGAAGUUUCGUAAAUAUUGGCUGAGAUGUUUUAUCACUAAAGCAAGGAAAGUAAAACCUGUCAGAUAUUUCUCUCAGAAGCCAGGCUGA